ACUCGAUGCUGCCGCCCCGGCCGGGUUGCGCUGUCGCCGCUGCCGCCACUGCCUGGGUCCCCUCAGCUGUGUCUCUGCGUGGGGGCUGCCUCCCGGGCUCCCAGCGCGGACACCAUGUACGGAUUUGUGAAUCACGCCCUGGAGCUGCUGGUGAUCCGCAAUUACGGCCCCGAGGUGUGGGAAGACAUCAAAAAGGAGGCACAGUUAGAUGAAGAGGGACAGUUUCUUGUCAGAAUAAUAUAUGAUGACUCCAAAACUUAUGAUUUGGUUGCUGCUGCAAGCAAAGUCCUCAAUCUCAAUGCUGGAGAAAUCCUCCAAAUGUUUGGGAAGAUGUUUUUCGUUUUUUGUCAAGAAUCUGGUUAUGAUACAAUCUUGCGUGUCCUGGGAUCUAAUGUCAGAGAAUUUCUACAGAACCUUGAUGCUCUGCACGACCACCUUGCUACUAUCUACCCAGGUAUGCGUGCACCUUCUUUUAGGUGCACUGAUGCAGAAAAGGGGAAAGGACUCAUUCUGCACUACUACUCAGAGAGAGAAGGACUUCAGGAUAUUGUCAUUGGAAUCAUUAAAACAGUAGCUCAACAAAUACAUGGCACAGAAAUAGACAUGAAGGUUAUUCAGCAAAGAAAUGAAGAAUGUGAUCAUACUCAAUUUUUAAUUGAAGAAAAAGAGUCCAAAGAAGAGGAUUUUUAUGAAGAUCUGGACAGAUUUGAAGAAAAUGGUACCCAGGAAUCACGCAUCAGCCCAUAUACCUUCUGCAAAGCUUUUCCUUUUCACAUAAUAUUUGACCGGGACCUAGUGGUGACUCAGUGUGGAAAUGCCAUAUACCGAGUGCUCCCCCAGCUCCAGCCUGGGAAUUGCAGCCUUUUGUCUGUCUUCUCUCUGGUUCGUCCUCACAUUGAUAUUAGUUUCCAUGGGAUCCUUUCACACAUCAAUACUGUUUUCGUAUUGAGAAGCAAGGAAGGAUUGUUGGAUGUAGAGAAAUUAGAAUGUGAGGAUGAACUGACUGGGACUGAGAUCAGCUGCUUACGUCUCAAGGGUCAAAUGAUCUACUUACCUGAAGCAGAUAGCAUACUUUUUCUGUGUUCACCAAGUGUGAUGAACCUGGAUGAUUUAACAAGGAGAGGUCUCUACCUCAGUGACAUCCCUCUUCACGACGCCACGCGCGAUCUCGUUCUUUUGGGAGAACAAUUCAGAGAGGAAUACAAACUGACCCAAGAACUGGAAAUCCUCACGGACAGGCUGCAGCUCACAUUAAGAGCCUUGGAAGAUGAAAAGAAAAAGACAGACACAUUGCUGUAUUCUGUCCUUCCUCCAUCUGUUGCCAAUGAGCUGAGACAUAAACGUCCAGUGCCUGCCAAAAGAUACGACAAUGUGACCAUCCUCUUCAGUGGCAUUGUGGGCUUCAAUGCUUUCUGUAGCAAGCAUGCAUCCGGAGAAGGAGCCAUGAAGAUUGUAAACCUUCUCAAUGACCUCUACACCAGAUUUGACACACUGACUGAUUCACGGAAAAAUCCAUUUGUUUAUAAGGUGGAGACCGUUGGUGAUAAGUAUAUGACAGUGAGUGGCUUACCAGAGCCAUGCAUCCACCAUGCACGAUCCAUUUGUCACCUGGCAUUGGAUAUGAUGGAAAUUGCUGGCCAGGUUCAAGUAGAUGGUGAAUCUGUUCAGAUAACCAUAGGGAUACACACUGGAGAGGUAGUUACAGGUGUCAUAGGACAGCGGAUGCCUCGAUAUUGUCUUUUUGGAAAUACUGUCAACCUCACAAGCAGAACAGAAACCACAGGAGAAAAGGGAAAAAUAAAUGUCUCUGAAUACACAUACAGAUGUCUUAUGUCUCCAGAAAAUUCAGAUCCACAAUUUCAUUUGGAGCACAGAGGCCCAGUGUCCAUGAAGGGCAAAAAAGAACCAAUGCAAGUUUGGUUUCUAUCCAGAAAAAAUACAGGAACAGAGGAAACAAAGCAGGACGAUAACUGAAUCUCAGAUUGUGGGAUGAAGAGGACUGCAGAUUAGGUUCCGGUUAUCU